GCAUCUAGUGUAUGCCUCACACUGUGCCAGCGCCUCACAACCGUGGCCGUUAGCUGCUCACUUGCAACCGCCAGGACUUUGCCAGUAAGGUGGUUCUCGCUUGAAGUUGGGGGAAAGGUGACAAGAUGUGGAACACUGGCACCCGGGUGUUGCAGAACCUGAUGGCGGUGACCGUCACCGAGGCGUUCGUCGGUAUCGCCGUCUUCUCUGUGAUCUUCCUGCUGAUCCGCGCCUACAGAAGUAAAGUCCCCAAGGGUCUGAAGCCACUCCCGGGUCCCCCCAGCGUGCCCAUCAUCGGGCACACCUUAUCCCUGGGAGAAAACCCGCACCUGGCCCUCACCUCACUGGGUCAACAGUACGGAGACAUCUUCCAGAUUCAGAUCGGUACCCGGCCCGUGCUGGUCCUGAGCGGGCUGGACACCUUGAAGCAAGCGCUGAUCAAACAGGGCGACGACUUCGCGGGCCGCCCCAACCUCUACAGCUUCAAGUUCAUCAACAACGGCAAGAGCCUGACCUUCAGCAACGACUACAGCGAGGUGUGGAGGCUGCGCCGAAAGCUGGCUCAAAACGCGCUGCGCACUUUCUCCACGGAGGAGUGUAAGAAUUCCACGCAUUCGUGCCUCUUGGAGGAGCACGUCUGCAGCGAGGCGCGCCACCUCAUCCAGAUAUUCGCCGAGCAGAUGAAGAGCAGGGGCAGCUUCGACCCGAUGCGCUACAUCGUGGUGUCGGUGGCCAAUGUCAUUUGCGCCCUGUGCUUCGGGAAGCGCUACAGCCACGAAGACCAAGAGCUCCUCAACAUCGUCAAUGUCAGCGAUGAGUUCGGCAAAGUCGUAGCCUCUGGCAACCCCGCCGAUUUCAUCCCGAUCCUGAGAUUCCUCCCGAACUACUCGAUGGACAAGUUCAUCGCUAUCAACAAGAGAUUCAGCACUUUCGUUGAGAACAUCGUCAUGGAACAUUACCGCACAUUUGACAAGGAUAACAUUCGGGAUAUAACCGAUUCGCUGAUCGGUCACUGCCAGGAUAAAAAAGUGGACGAGAAUGCCAAUAUCCAAAUAUCCGAUGAAAAGAUUGUCAGCAUCGUGAAUGACUUAUUUGGAGCCGGUUUCGAUACCGUAACUACUGCGGUCUCCUGGUGUGUUAUGUACCUGGUCUACCAUCCUGACAUUCAGAAGAAAUUGUAUGAGGAAAUAGAUGGGACUAUUGGAAAGGACAGAAGCCCGAGGAUAACAGACAAGCCUUUAUUGCCCUACACUGAAGCUUUCAUCAUGGAGACCUUCCGACACUCAUCAUUUCUACCGUUCACCAUUCCUCACUGCACAACAAAAGAUACUGCAUUAAAUGGAUAUUAUAUCUCAAAAAACACAUGUGUUUUUGUGAACCAGUGGCAAGUGAAUCAUGAUUCAUCACUCUGGAAAGACCCAUUUGCUUUCCGCCCAGAGCGGUUUUUAAACGCUGAUGGAAAGACCACCAACAAAGUAGAAUGCGAGAAGGUGCUGCUGUUUGGCAUGGGCAAAAGGAGAUGUAUUGGAGAGGCUAUUGGCCGCAUUGAGAUCUUCUUGUUUCUCACCUCUCUCGUCCAACAAUUGCAAUUUGAGAAGAAACCCGGGCAGGACAUUGAUAUGACGCCACAGUAUGGUUUGACCAUGAAACCCAAGAGGUGUGAAGUGCAAGCCGUGCAACGCUUCUCUGCCAAGGCAGCACCUUAAUUCUGUAAGAAGUCAAUUAUGGACAGGAUACAAUUUGUAUAUUACAGAAACAUACCAACAUUAUGAGGGAACAGUUAUGCCUUAAAUGUUAUGUUUUCUCAUGAUCAGUGAAAUAUGCUGCUGCUGUGCCAUUGUUGCCUUGUAUUUAAAGUACCAAUGAAGAAGUAUCCUACUGUAUAAGCAGAAACGAAAACAAUAUGAAAAUGAAUUUUGUGAAUGUAUUCAUAAAUAACCCAUUUAAGAAAGUACUUGUAUUUUUAAAAAAUGAAAUAUUUUACCACAGAAAACCAUGUAUUAAGGGAACCAUAUAUGAGUGCUUCUUUAUACUGUAAAAAGGGAUUGAUUUUUAUACAUUUAAUCUCUGGUCAAAUGGAAUAAUUUGUUGCAGAGAUAAACGACUGUGUUUAUAUAGUAUAUCACGUUUUAUCGAUAAUUAAUGAACAUUUUACAACCAACCAACCAA